AUGGCGGCCCUCAGGAACAGCACUGCUCAACUGUCGCUUAUUACCAAUGCGCUCAGUCGACUCCAGUUACAGCAAAUGGGAUCAUCAGUCCUCACUCGGCACCCAUCACAUCUUCGCUUCAUCACUCAAACGCGCCACAACCUCUUGAAGAACGUGACAGGAGCCGACUUAUCGAAAGCAAUUGACCGCGCCAGCAACAACAGCAAUCCUCCAGGACAUUCUCGGUUCCCAGCAUCAGAACGGACUGCAGAAAGUGAGACUGGUUCGCGGCGGCCAAUGAGUCCCCGGUGGACUGCAGAAGAGGACAGAGACCUCUAUCAACUGGUGAAGGAGGGUAAGAACGCCAAAGAAAUCCACUCUACUCUCUGUUCGCAUCGGACGGUCGAAGCAGUCGUCGUGCGGGUCAGAUGGGUACGCAGGGCGACAAUGGUUCUGGAACAGCAAGCCAGAGAUGGGGUCCAGCCGGGGGAGAUCGAUAUCGCCAAUUCGGUCGCAGGAAAUGAGGGGGCCCCACCCUUGCGAACGGUUUACCUCCAGCUUAGGAUCGCAGAUAAAGUCAAGCGAGGGGAGAGCAACCGAGACGAGAAAGCGGUUCGGUGGCCAAGAAUGAUCAAGGCUUUUUCGCGCAAGCGGGCAUGGUCGCCAAAGGAAGAUGCAUUGUUGAAACAGUUGGUUGAGAGGAAUCGCGACACCCAGUUGCCGAAGCUCUGGACCAAAAUCUCUAAAGAGGAUAUCGAUGGCUCACAACUCCUUCGGUCAUCAGCAGCGUGUCGUAAACGUUGGGAGUUGCUGCAUGCUUCGCCAACACACAGUGGUUUCUGGGCGGUGAGAGAGGAGGAACGGCGCUUUCAGAGGGCCAUAUUCGAGCAGUUGGAGAGCAAGUACCAGGUGGCAGUCGACGUCUUAAUCGGCAAGCCCACGACAACGAAAAACACCCUCGGUCAAUGGCGUGCAGACCUGCAGCAACUCCCGGAACAGGAUGGUCUACCGAUUCUCAAGCUUGGGAGUCAUCGGCUGGAGCUGUUGAAUUGGACGGCGAUUGCGGAGAAAGUCAAGACUAGAGGAAAACUGGCUUGUCGGGAUCAUUUUUACAACGUGUACCAUAACGCUGUGAGAGGAAAGUGGUCGGAGGAGGAGUUGGGGCGAUUGGAGGAAGGUCUGGAGAGGUUUGAACGGGACCCGUGGAGAGUUGCAGAACACGUUGGGACUCGGUCUCCUAUGCAGGUGGCCGCUGUGAUUAGUCGCCAGCAGAGGCGGCUCCAAAGGAUGAAAAAGAGUACACCAGAGGCUGUGGAGGCAAAGAAGGAGAUUACUGGUGCUGCUACUGACAAAAAACAAUAA